GCGGGGCCGGGGGCGGCCGGGUGGGUGGAAUCCUUCCUGCCCGACGGAAGGGCAGAGCUUUAGGUCUCCAUGGAGACCGCUUCUCCUGGCAACCUGGCGGGCGUUGAUCAGAGCCGUGGGCGCAAUGGACGCGGAGAGCCUCCUGCUGUCGCUGGAGCUGGCGUCCGGCAGCGGGCAGGGCCUCAGCCCCGACCGUCGGGCCUCGCUGCUCACCUCCCUUACGCUGGUGAAGCGCGACUACCGCUACGAUCGGGUCCUCUUCUGGGGCCGCAUCCUCGGCCUCGUCGCCGAUUACUACAUCGCGCAGGGCCUGAGUGAGGACCAGCUCGCACCACGCAAGACUCUCUACAGCCUGAACUGCAUGGAGUGGAGCCUCUUGCCCCCGGCCACGGAGGAUAUGGUGCUGCAGACGUCUGUGGUGAAGGGCCGCUUCAUGGGGGACCCCUCGCAUGAAUAUGAACACACCGAGCUGCAGAAGAUGAGUGAGGGUGAAAAGGUCUUUGAAGAAGAAGUAGUGGUCCAGAUCAAGGAAGAGACCCGCUUGGUGUCUGUCAUUGACCAGAUUGACAAGGCUGUGGCAGUCAUCCCCCGAGGAGCCCUUUUUAAGACCCCUUUUGGACCUACCCACGUCAAUCGGACCUUUGAAGGACUGUCCUUAUCUGAAGCCAAGAAGCUUAGUUCCUACUUCCACUUCAGGGAGCCUGUUGAGCUGAAGAACAAGACCUUGCUUGAGAAGGCUGACCUGGACCCCUCCCUGGACUUCAUGGACUCCUUAGAGCAUGACAUCCCCAAAGGAUACAGAAUGACAACUUGAAGAAUAUUCCAAGGAAGAACCAAGCCAAUGGCGCACGUUUGGCCAAUAUAAUCAAACCAAGUUCUUGGAGCUUCCUUCCCCCUUCUUCUCCAGGGUCUUUAGAAAGAGAGGAGCCACUGCGGUUAGCGUGGGAACCAGCACGCAGCAGAUGCUCAGUCAAUGCGAGCUAGCACCAAGACCGUGAAACGGUCAGCACGGCCCCUUCUGACUGCUAAUCACUGCUACACAAAACCUUGGUCUGCAGAGCUAGACUGCAAACUGUCUCCUUACGUACAAACACCGUAUCGAAACAGCAGCCGGGCUCCCACAAGUAGUUUUACUCAGCUUCAGCGAGGCAAGAAGUAGUGCAGCUUAGAAAGAGCCUAAGGUUCCGGGGGGCCUGGGUGGCUCAGUUGGUGGAGCGUCGGACUCUUGGUUUUGGCUCAGGUCAUGAUCUCGGGGUCGUGAGAUCGAGCCCUGCGUCUGGCUCUGUGCUCGGCGGGGAAUCUGCUUGAGAUUCUCUCUCUCCCUCUGCCCCUCCCCCUAUGCUCUCUCUCUCUAAAAAUAAAUAAACAAAUCUUA